UAAGCAACAAGAUGGCGGGAGCGUUGUUACCCCGAAGCGAAACUUACAUUCAGUGACUUUAAGUGCACGUGCGAGCAGCUUGUUGGCUGACGUGUUGCUAAAAUGCUACGUUUUGCAAAGUUCUAGUUGUAGAUAGGCGGACAAAAGAGUGAGGCGAUGCCAUUUUGCGCCGUCGGAGGUUGUUUCACAAAGGAGGGGGACGGAAAACGCCUCCUGCGCUUUCCGCUGGCCGAGAAAGACAGAGAACGACUACGCGCUUGGUUGGAACUCGUCGACCGCGAAAACUUUCAAACCACGCCACACUCCAGAAUAUGUGAGGACCACUUUGAAGAAAGCCAGUUUGAGACAAGCAGGGCGGAUGGACGCAGGCUCCUGAAGUGGAAUGCGGUUCCUAGCAUACCAGCGUCAGUCGACACACAAAAAAGACCAAGAAGCAAAGUCCGAAGGAAAGCAAGCCAGGAUCAGCACAGUAACACAAGCCUUCUAACUACCACAGGAGGACGGAGGAUAACUUCUCCUGAGCUCAUGCCAGGGCAAGAGAAUGCUGUGCAGCCGUCAAAAACAGAAAUAGAAGCCUCAGCUCCAACUGAGAAAACAAAGACAAACAUCCAAGCACAAAGCGAGAAACCUAGUUAUAUGGGCUUGAGGCACGGGAUGUACCGCCAAAGUUCCAGAGCCAAAGACGUGGAACUGCCUAUGGCGGACGAAGACAAAAUGCAGUGGGGUUAUUUCGAAACAAGCGAACAUCUCAAGUAUCUGGACACCAGCCGACCUCUUGAAAUGGAGCAACAGUGCAAUGGGCAGCAGUGUGUGCACCAGGCUAUUGUGACAGAAUUGCAGAGCAAGUUGAAUCUUCAACAGCAGAGGAAAAGAAAGCUAGAAAAGGAGUUGGAGGCUGUUCUUGGUAGCAGACACGAGAAUCUUGCUCCUGAACAACAGCUCUCUACUAUGAAUCACGAUGCACAUGUCAACAGGUGGAGAGCCGACACCCUGCAAAAAGUUUUGCUGAGGUGUGAAAGUAGAAAGGACGGGCUCCCGAAGGACGAGGCUAUACCUUUGAUAUCUGAACGGACACUGAAAAGACAAAUACGGGAGAUUCAAAGCGAGACAGGAAUUCAUGAGGAGCGUCUUCCGGCACUACAGUCAAAGCGGCAGACCACAAGCCCAGAAGAAAGACAUCGCACACUUUUGGUUAACGAGAUUCGGCUUAAUGCCGGGUUGGAUUUUGAUACGACAGUCGAGAAGCCGGCAGGCCCGGUAACCAUGAAGGCGACAAAAGUGCCCGGCUCGGCACGCAGUUUGCCAGAUGCCUGUUUCGGGUACGUCGAGAACAAAAAACACGCAAUCUGUUGAUAUUUUUGGGGGGAAGAAGUGAAUAGAUGAGUGAGUGCCUGUCGUCUACUGAUUUCUCUUACUCUGAACUUCUCGCCAACGUCAUGUCCAGCCGGGAUCGUAUCGUACCACUACCGUACUCAUCGACAAAUAAAACACUUCCUUGUAGCAAAUAAAAAUAACAGCAAAGGACAACUUAGCAUUCACAGCUCCAUAGCUAAAAUACUCAGGCAGGAUGGCGCAUCUCAAUAAUUUUUAAUUAACUUUUGCCCUAAACAAGUAAUUAGUUACUAGCAACUACUCACUUGAAGAAAUAAUUGAACCAGUUGGAUCGUUACUGCCCAAGUAGGUGAAACCUCAAAAAAACACAGCAAAAAGUAAAUUACCAGCAAUCAAUCCGUUUAGACGGAAAUUUCACGUACGUAAGGCUCAGAGCGCUACGUGCUACAUUUUCUCGCCAAAAGUGUCAUUAUGUUAUUCUGAUGUACACACGAGGACAAACCAGGCUAGUUUGGUAAGUACAACAAAACAUGGUUUGCAGUGCACAUAGACACACUACACUGCUUUGGUGAGCACGUCAAGACACACUAGGCUGUUCUGGCGUCCCUACAAGGACACACUAGGCCCUUGUGUUCACACCCGAAAACAUCAGACCGCACCUAACCAGGCUGAAAGAUAUUUUAUUGGCCUGGUUCAAGGGCGUAAAUAUGAACACGACAAACCAUAACUAACGCAAUGCAAGGAUAUUCCGAAAUUAGUUUGAUAUAUGUUUGCUAUUCUUUCUUUUAUAUCCUCUCUAUACCCAUGUUUUAAGUUUAGCGGCAAAAAUUAAGCAAAAAGCGGAUAUCACUCCCAUAUACAUUUGUAAAGAUUUUGUCUUGACACUAUCACUGCUUACUGUCACUUGUAACGUCCGCGCCAAAAAUAUAUCUCUAAAGCAAGCAAUAAACGUUUGUAGCGAGUUCAAUGUUUUCACUAGAAAACAAAGUGGUUUUAGACAGUCUCCAAUAAAAUAGUUUCAAUAAAACAAA